GGCAUGACAACUCACCUUUUAGCUAAGGGGUUUUCAUGGUUGGAGAUGCUCUUAGAAAAUCAAAAACCUAAGAACUAGUCGAAGAAGAACCACACAAACACAGCUGAAGAUUUCACAAUCGGAGCUCUUCUUUCGCGUUUUAUCCGCUCUAAACUAUGGAAAUAGAGGAUGAUGAUGAUUAUGUUGAGUAUGUCCCUGUUGCAAAGCGGAGGGCACUUGAAGCCCAAAAGAUUCUUCAGAGGAAAGGGAAUGCUACUGCUCCGGAAAGUGAGUUAGAAACAACUAAAGUUGUUGAGGCUAAACCUAGCCUCCUUGUUCAGGCUUCACAGCUUAAGCGUGACCUUCCGGAGGUUAGUCCCACGGAACAGAUGGUACAACAAGAGAAAGAGAUGAUGGAGCAUCUGUCAGAUCGCAAGACAUUGAUGUCGGUUCGUGAACUAGCAAAAGGUAUAACAUACUCUGAACCAUUGCCAACUGGAUGGAAGCCUCCAUUGCCUAUCAGGAAGAUGUCUAGGAAAGCAUGUGAAGGCAUUCGGAAGCAGUGGCAUAUUAUUGUUGAUGGUGAAGAUACCCCGCCACCGAUUAAGAAUUUUAAGGACAUGAGAUUUCCAGAGCCCAUCUUAAAGAAGUUGGCACAGAAAGGAAUUGUGCAGCCAACACCUAUUCAAGUUCAAGGGCUCCCAGUGAUUUUAUCAGGAAGGGACAUGAUUGGGAUUGCUUUUACAGGGUCUGGGAAGACACUGGUCUUUGUGUUGCCAUUAAUUAUGAUGGCUGUUCAAGAAGAACUUAUGAUGCCUAUAGCUCCCGGGGAAGGACCAUUCGGUUUGAUAGUUUGUCCAUCUCGAGAGCUUGCUAGGCAAACUUAUGAUGUGGUAGAGGAAUUUCUUACAUCGAUGAGAGAGUACAAUUAUCCAGAGAUAAGACCUCUGCUUUGCAUUGGUGGUAUUGAUAUGCGCUCUCAGUUGGAAGUUGUGAAAAAAGGGGUCCAUAUCGUUGUUGCUACCCCUGGAAGGUUGAAGGAUAUGCUUGCAAAGAAAAAAAUGAAUCUUGAUAAUUGCAGGUAUUUAACUUUGGAUGAGGCGGAUAGAUUAGUGGAUUUGGGUUUUGAAGAUGAUAUACGGGAAGUGUUUGAUCACUUUAAAGCUCAGAGACAAACUCUUCUAUUUUCUGCCACUAUGCCUACAAAGAUCCAGAAUUUUGCCAGAAGUGCAUUGGUUAAGCCGGUAACUGUUAAUGUAGGAAGAGCAGGAGCUGCAAAUCUUGAUGUCAUUCAAGAGGUUGAGUAUGUGAAACAAGAAGCAAAAAUUGUUUACCUUCUGGAGUGUCUUCAAAAGACUCCACCUCCUGUACUAAUAUUUUGCGAAAACAAAGCUGAUGUUGAUGACAUACAUGAAUAUCUUCUUUUAAAAGGAGUUGAAGCAGUGUCGAUUCAUGGUGGCAAGGAUCAAGAAGAAAGAGAAUAUGCCAUUUCAUCUUUUAAGGCAUGCAAGAAAGACGUCUUGGUUGCGACAGAUGUGGCCUCGAAGGGUUUGGAUUUUCCCGAUAUUCAGCAUGUGAUAAAUUAUGAUAUGCCUGCUGAAAUUGAAAAUUAUGUUCAUAGGAUUGGACGGACGGGUAGAUGUGGGAAGACUGGAAUAGCCACUACAUUUAUCAAUAAGAAUCAAAGUGAGACGACACUUCUUGAUUUGAAGCAUCUGCUCCAAGAAGCAAAACAGAGAAUACCACCUGUUCUGGCCGAGCUGAGUGACCCCAUGGAAGAGGCGAAGGAAGCAGAAAGAGUUGCAAAUGCAAGUGGGGAGAAAGGCUGUGGCUAUUGUGGUGGACUUGGUCAUCGUAUACGUGAUUGCCCUAAGUUGGAGCAUCAGAAGAGCAUGCAGAUCGCUAGCUCUAGGAGAGAUUACUUUGGCGCUGGGGGUUACCGAGCUGAAAUAUAAUGUUUGCAACUGGCAAUGUCUCAGGAUGCUGUUUAUUCUAAGGCUGUGACCUAGUUUUGAGUUUUGUACACGUACAAGUUUAACCAUAAACUCUUCUCUUUUUGUUAACUAGUUCUCUCAAUGCGUGCAAUCUAUGUAACCCCAGUUGUUUAAGUAUAAUACAGCUAAAAAAUAUAAGUA